AUGGCCAACAUGCAGAAAAAGUGUGAAAUUUGUGGAGGGCAAUUUACUGACAAGUCAAAUUUGUCUUUCGAGGAAAUGAUUGCUAAUUGGUUAGAUGACAAUCCUGAAUUCGCCUUUAAGUAUUUCGUCAAGUCUGCCUCUCCGAGUAUGGUUGAGUCUUGGGCGAAUGGACGAAAUAAUUGUGAAACGGAGUGUCUAUUCGAUAACUCUAUGAUCACUGCUAUGGAGGAAGUACAUAGGAAGAGCAACAAUAAAAAUACAGCCAGCACCACUCCUUCAUUGCCUUUACGCAAAAUUAGUAGCCAAGAUCUUGAGUUGACAUAUGAUAAACGUAUACUAUCUUCAAAUAAAGAAGGAAUGCCUACAUUUAUCAAUUCGGUUUUCUUCUCAUAUGGAGCCGUUGAACAUAAUGAUGUCAACAUUAGCGUUCCCCCAAAAACUACUAUUUCUCCGUACCGCUCAUCCAAACCAACAGAAAGGGACUUGAUAAGUGAACUUACGUUAGACAUAUAUCAUGAGCUUGAUGUCACUUCCUUAUGCUUUAAAAUCGUGCAGAAUGUAUGUAAACUAAUUGAUGCUGAUCGAGGUUCUUUUUUCCUUGUUGAAAAGUCGCGUUCAACUGGUGAGGAUGUUCUUGUCAGCAAGCUCUUUGAUAUCACACCGGAUUGCUCGUUGGAAGAUGUUUUGCAAAAAUGCUCUUCUAAUCACAUCACUGUUCCUCUUAACGCUGGGGUUACUGGUUACGUCGCACGUACUGGAGAGUAUGCCAACAUACCAGAUGCAUAUGCAGAUCCUCGUUUUAAUGAUUCUGUUGAUCGUAUAACAGGUUACAGAACACACUGUCUCUUAUGCAUGCCAAUAAAAAAUGUCGAUGGAAAAGUCUUAGGUGUUGCAUUAGUCAUCAAUAAGAAAAAGUCUAUGGAUCAACGACAGCAAGAGAAUAACCAGGGUAUAGCGCCAGUUCAAUCUACCAGUGACCCACGUGAAGUGAAUACUAAACACGCGUGGUUCACAGAUGAAGAUGUCAAAAUUUUUCAGUCAUAUGUUGCUUUUUGUGGAAUUGGAUUACAUAAUGCCCAAAUAUAUCAACAAAGUCGAUUAGAAACUUAUCGUAGUCAAGUCCUCUUAGAACUUGCACGAAUCAUAUUCUCAGAACAACUUGAUAUUACUCGUCUUAUUUAUUCAGUAUUAUCGCAUACUAUAUGUCUGUUACAAUGUCAACGCUGUCAAUUACUCUUGGUAAGAACAAGUUCUUCGUACAUGUCAUCCUACUCCUCGAUUGAUGAGGUGGGACCAUUUCAUGAUCAUUUCUCACAAAUAUUUGAAUUGGCUUGGAAUGAAAAGUUGGAUUCCCCUGAUUUUCAUAACAAAAAGCAUGACAUCAAUGAAACGCGAUUCCCAGUUCAAUUGGACUUGGCUGUUCAUGUGUUACAAACUGGUCAAUCUCUGAAUGUUAAUGUUAAUGGCAGUAAUAAUAACAAUGGUGCUUAUAAUAAAGUUGAUAAAACUCUUGAAGAGGAUUUAGAUCCUGUAUGGAAAAGUCGUUCUAUUCUUUGUAUGCCAAUAAAACAGUCUGAUGGUAAGGUAUUAGCUGUAUGCAUUAUCACUAAUAAGUCAGCUGUUGACUGGAGAAUAAACAGUGGACUUGAAAAAUUCCCUCAAUCUUUCGAUAUUAAAUCAACAAUGGCGAAUAAUGUUUAUCAUACAUUGAAUAAAUCACACGAGAAAGAAGAGGCGAAAGAAGAAAGUGAAUUGUUUUCAUCUGUUAUUGAUUGGUCUGGAAUAUUCACUCAUUCCGAUGAAUUUUUAUUUGAAGCAUUUGCCUUGUUUAUUGGUUUGGGUAUAUCAAAUAGUCAGUUGUAUGAAAAAGCUAUACGAAGUGCGGCAAAACAAAAAAUUAUAAUGGAUGUUCUAUCGUAUCAUGCUACAGCGCCAACAUCCGAAGCAAAACGCCUAGCUACAUCAUUGAUACCAACAAUGCGAUUUUAUCAUUUGGAUAAAUUUUCAUUUACUGAUGUGCGAUUGUCAGAUGAAGAUACACUGAAGGCGUGUAUUCGAAUGUUUCAUGAAAUGAAUUUCAUCAAAUCAAUACAUUUUGAUCUGUUAUCAUUUGCUCGUUGGCUAUUGUCUGUGCGUAAAAACUACCGUGAAGUAACAUAUCAUAAUUGGCGUCAUGCAUUCAACGUGACUCAGACAAUGUUUUGCAUGUUAUUGAGUUACAUACAAAGAUACUUGGCGUUCCCGAGAAUCCCAAUUUGCUAAAUUUGUAGAGAUUUUGCAUCCAAAUGUCAUGCUUUUUAGCAUUCAUUGAUGAAACUCAAAGACUGAUGGAGGACGGAAUUUUAGAUAAAAAUAUCAAAGAUAUGAAGGAAACCUCUUGAACACUAUUGUUAAUGUGCGUCAUUUAACUAUAAACGUUGGUGUAAUAACUCAAAAACAUCUUAGCGAGUAAGUCAUAGUAUAUUCCAAACUUUAUGAAUGGAUGUGCAAGCAGGUCAAAUUAGGAACGUG